UGCCUUGAAUGUUUUCUUUAUGGGGGUGAACUCUAUCUUUUUCAGUAUGGUGUCUCCCCAAGCCUAUUUAUUGCUAAAACUCGAGGAGGAACAUGCACUCUUGCCCCUUCUGAUCCACGGGAGCACGUCCUGCACCGUGCUGAAUUUCUGCUUCAGAAUGGUUUUGGGGUUUACAACAUUUUCAAGAACAACUGUGAGGAUUUCGCUAUCUACUGCAAGACCGGUUUGCUAGUCUUUACAAAUAUCAGUGUUNGUGUAGGUCGGAGUGGGCAGGCAACAUCCUUUUUAGCUGCCACAACUGCUAUUGUUUCAUCACCACUGCGCUUUCUGACUACAAGCGUUUCUGGUCUAGCCGCUGUGGGUUAUGGGGUUUACUGUGUCAGCCGGUUUGUUUCUGAUAUUGGAGUACGUCGUGAUGUCACGAAGAUCCCUGUUGAGAGACUUGUCGUAUGCCCUGGUUCUCAAGAGUCUGAGCCUGCUACUACUGAUGCAUCAAAGGAAAACCCUGGCUCUCAGGAGUCUGAGCCUGCUGCGACUGAUGCGUCAAAGGAAAAGGAGUCCUAGUUCUAUGUAAGUGGACUGCAUUUAUAUGGAAUUCAAAGUAGGUUACUACAACCUACAAGUAUGUUGUAGGUGUUGAUGUUGUCAUUGCUUUAUGUGCCAUGGAUUUGGUUAGUAUUGAAACAUUGGUUACUUUAACAGGUCUUGUGGGCAUUCUUCUAUCAAAUGAAUGCCUUUAUGUGAUUGUAACUUGUUUAUAGCAAGCCCAAUGGUUUCAUAUGAAUGGUAGUGAGUGUGUUAAAAAGAUGGUAUGGGCGCUUUAAAUUUUCAUGUAACGCCCACUUAUCAUAUACUAUCUUAAGCUGGAAAAAUCUCUCCAGAUCUUUCUUGUUCA